AUGCGUAACAUUGAACAACACCACAGGAGGUGUGAAAAAAACACGCGUAUCUCUGAAAACGCAGAAGCAUAAAAACUAGGCUUUACGUGCGUGUCGCAUUCUCCUAGGCAUCACCAGCGUUGUGUUUGUGAUGAGGCGGGAAAUAGCGUCCGCAGACAUGUUUGGUCUGUGACUCGCUACCGAGCGACACACAGCGGGCAGCCACAACCACUGUCGCGGUCGACAGCAGCCCGCCGCGGCUCGUUUCGAGGAGCUUCCGAGAUCAUCAACUUUUCUAUGUGACGUUUGAGCAUGAUGAAGCUGAGAGUGCGUAAACCUCCUCAGCAGACAAACUUUGUCCGUCGAAUCCAGCCGUCCCAAGCCAAGCGGAAACACCGUGACCUGGAGUCGUCUCCGGUGAGAGGUCGAGGCAAAAUGCAGAAGAAUGAAACAAGCCUUUUCUCCACCAUAAAAAAAUUAAUCCGUGGAAAUGCUGUCAAGGUGGAGCAGGAUAUCCCUGCAAAGAGGAGUCGUGUUGAUUGUAAUCUUGAAAGCAAUUUAAUAACUUCAUUGCCACAGACUGGAGGCCUUUCAAACAAAACCGUUCCCAGUGUUUGCUGGAAAAGUCCAGUUAAAGACACAAUGACCUGCAGCAGUAAACCCAUAAAACCGAACGGUAAACUGGAAGUCCCCCAUGAGGCAGCGAGCAGCCCACCAUGCACCACGCUGCUCGGCACAAUCUUCUCUCCAGUCUUCAACUUUUUCUCACCAGCAACUAAAACAGCCACUCCUGGUUCAGAGUCCCCCGGGCAAGCGAUGGAGGCGGAGGAAAUCAUCAAACAGCUGGACAUCAAGCCGGCAGAAGAAAUGCCAAGCAGCAGCCUCACGUCCACAGAGGGAACCGCUCCGUGCCACGCUGCCCUGAUUUUACCACAGAGGCUUCAGAUCAACUCCGAUACAACCAUAGAACAAGGAGAAAUAGUCACUGAAACUGACAUGCCACCAUUAACGGCUCCUGGUUGUAUGCCGGAUGGUGUUUACCCACAUGCGCUGCCUUCAGUCCCUCCAGAAACAACGUAUGAAGAGGAGUGGGAAGUUUUUGAUCCGUACUUCUUUAUCAAGCACGUGCCUCCACUGACAGAGGAGCAGUUAACACGUAAACCAGCGUUACCUUUGAAAACGCGCAGCACACCAGAGUUUUCUCUCGUCUUGGAUCUGGACGAAACUCUGGUCCACUGUAGUUUGAAUGAGCUAGAAGACGCAUCCCUGACAUUCCCUGUGCUCUUUCAGGAUGUAAUCUACCAGGUCUAUGUUCGGUUGAGGCCCUUUUUCCGAGAAUUUCUUGAGCGAAUGUCUCAAAUGUAUGAGAUUAUUCUCUUCACGGCUUCAAAGAAAGUGUAUGCCGACAAGUUGCUCAACAUCCUGGAUCCAAAAAAACAGUUGGUGAGACAUCGGCUGUUUCGUGAGCACUGUGUGUGUGUUCAAGGAAAUUACAUUAAAGACCUCAACAUUCUCGGACGAGAUCUUUCCAAGACGAUAAUAAUCGACAACUCGCCCCAAGCCUUUGCCUAUCAGCUUUCCAAUGGAAUUCCUAUUGAGAGCUGGUUUGUGGAUAGAAAUGACAAUGAGCUCCUGAAGCUUGUUCCUUUCCUCGAGAAGCUUGUGGAGCUGAAUGAAGAUGUCAGGCCGCACAUCCGAGAGCAGUUUCGUUUACACAACCUCCUUCCUCCGGACUGACCGUGCGUUCGUCUCUAAGCUCAAGAUGUUAUCAACAUUGAAAGAGGAAAAAAAGAUCCUACAACAACGUACGCAGAACAAUUGAACAGAAUUCAAUUUGCAAACAUUGCCAUGGUUAUUUUUGAAAUUGUGUAAAACAUUGAAAGUACACACACUCUCAUAUAAACACACACAUACACACUCAAACCAGAUUCGGAAAAAUACGAUGUGCCCACUGCGGCAGACGUUUCACUUGUUUGUUUCUAGCACGACUCUGAAGGCUGGAAGGUAUUUUGUCUUUUGAGAACCAUUCUGGAUUAGCAAAACUGAAUGUUAUGCCGUGGAUCUAAUUUACAUGGUCAGCCUGACUGUGACACACUCAAACCUGUAUACCGUAUAUUCCGGACUAUAGAGCGCGCCUGAAUAUAUGCUGCACCACCUAAAUUUAGAACGGCAUGUCAACGCCAGUGACGUGCGGUCACUGGAGGCAGUGCCUCCCCUUGUGUCAUCAUGAAAUGUGAAAAAAGAAUGAUUAAAAAAAAAUAUAUAUUUUUUUCCACUGAUCUGUGAUAGAAGUGUAACUAUUAGAUUCCAAUCACUCUGAUGAUUGUUAUAGUCAAAAUUGCUGAAUUUGUAUAUCUUCAGCAAACGAGCUGUGCCUCCUCUCGGAUUGCGCAAUCCCUCAUAAACCAGAUUGAGCUGCUCAUGUUUUUGCUCAUUUUGAGCACGUGCAAUUAAUGUCUCUAUAUGUCACCAAUGUAAUGUUUGUACACAGUUUUAUCACAUGUCCUCACAUCCCAUUGUCUGGGUCCUGCAUUUCACAUAUGUUAGUCUUGCUAAUCUGACAUAACGGCGCAGUUAAAAAGCAGUGAGGAGGCAGCUGGAUUGGAGCCUCCUUCCUGCUUGUCACUGCUGUGGAGGCGGAGUCAGUACCUCUGCCUGCCUGAAGGGGGCGUGGUGAGCACGCAGGCUCGUUCCGCUGUUGUUUUUCUUCACGUAGUACAGACUGAUAGCAUAGUUAGCAUGUGCUAGCUAAAACAGUCAAGUAGCGAACGUCAAGUGCACAUUAACAGUCCUUGAAAACUGAAAACAUGCAGUCUGAAUCGGACCAAAGAUGAAUUUCAAACCGAGCAAUAAUGUCUAUUGAGACAAAGAGACUGUUGAAACUAAAAAAAGAUGAAGAGGACUUUCACACCAAAGUGAUAGAGAUGUUUUUGCAGAAGGUUAGGCCAAUGGACAAGUAAAGGUAAGAGCAUGCAGGCACUGCUGUACACGACAACAAUAAAAGACCAGCCCUAUUUUUAAUAAUAUUUAAAAAAUAUAAAAGAACAUUUAAACAGAACAGUUAAGCAAUAAGGUACGCGGGGCUUUACCUUAUCGUCAAUAAUGCACUGUUCAAGGGUGUUGGCCAACCAUAUUGCUUUAGGUUGUUUGUGACACUAUUACUAAGUAAAUAGCCUUUCAGUACAAAACAAAUUGUAGCCACCAAACGUUGGGUUUCGCAUUUCAGUGACCUACAGAAAAUCCUCGUACUGCUGUUACUAUGCAACAGACAAACAGCAUAGUUAGUUGAUGAUUAGCAAGGAGAUCGACAUUUAUUUGUGUGUCUCAUUCAUUCCUACACCUGAGUUGUCUUCUUUGGCUAAAUCGGUUGCGAAAGCUUGCAUUUCCCAAAACUUUGCUCCGAUCGCCACCGAUCUAAAAACUGAAAUGACAACUAACUGUCGCGCAAAAUCCAGCUGUUAUUUUGAUCACUGCACUGAUAUGAACGCUCAGGUCGAUGUAAACAGGUAACAUAUUAUGUCUCAAUUCAGUACACCCUGUGACUCACUCCCAAACAAUCAGAACGCUUGAUUUCAUCUGCCCCGUAUUAUAAAAGAAUAUACGAUACAGAUAUGAAACAUAACCAGUAGUCGAAGUGCAAGCAGCCAGUUGAAUGGUGAAUUUAUAUAUUUGUGAAUGUGACUCCCAGCCACGAACCUCACCGCACGUCACUGGUGCACGUAGCCAAAAAACAUCCGUGCCGGAGUUCUUCACGUCUCCAACGUCUCACAAUUCAUUAGUGGUUUAUGUGCAGCCGCUCUGUUUCCUUCUCCGACAGACAGAUUGGUUGCCCAUAACUUGCAACUGUCUGUCUCGCUCUCGCUCUCUCGUCCGGAAUUUUACGGUAAUAUUAACCCAAUAUACUUGUACAUUUCUGUACAUAGUUGUUUGUUUUUUAAGGGUUUUAUGUCAGUUUAAUUUCCUUUCUGAUUUUAGUAUGUAUUCUUUGAUUCGGUUGCUUUUAUAAAACCAACAAAGUGUUAGUGUAUUUUGUUUGAAGUGGUUCAUAAGCAGCUGCUUUUCUGUGGUAUGCCUGCAUUAUUCCUGUGAUGCUUUAAUCCAUUACAUGCAGCUGUGUAAUAGGGGCUGUUUUAAAGAAAAUGGGUUAGGGUUGGUAUGUUUCUGAAACAAUAUUUUAAAACAAGGUAAUGUAAGCUAGACUUUGGUCUCAACUGAAUACAAAGCCAUAAUGGCUGAAUUUUAAAUUUGGAGAUUUGUAUUUGAUAGUACAUUGGGAGAGGGGGUUUGGGUUCUGGCAUCUUGCACUUUGACAUCCAGCCCUUUGUAACUUUAUGUAAAAUCUUGUCACUUUUCUACACGGGUGUGAAUCGCCUCAAUUUGUUAUGUGGGUGGAAGAGAAUGAACUCGUAGCACCAGCAAAUUGCCAACAUUGUUUACUUUGAAUUCUGUUUUCCAAGUCUUGUAUGUGGGAUUUUUAUGAUGUGGGAGUCAAAACUUUUAAUGACUAAUGAAUGAUCACUUCUGUUGUAUUCGGUGUUACUCAAUGGUUUCCUUGAAAAUAAAUGCAUUUUUAUACAACUCA